AGAAGGGGUAGGGAGACACUGGACACAGGGUGGUGGCGGUGUCCUGGGGGCUGGUUGUAGAGCCACAGGAGAGACCCAGCUGACCUUCGUCCAAGGCAAGGGAGGUUCUUCAAAGACCAAAAUGGACCCAUGUGCAUACAUUUAAACAGUGUAACAGCUUAUGUUAAUACUUGCAGCCUAUUUAGAGAAACUUGCUUUCUGGGUUCCUCUCAUUUCCAAAUGACUGAUGGUAAUAGUAAGACCACCAAGAGGGACACCAGUGUGGAUGGGAUGCUCAUAGGGAGGGGCCACCUCCAGGGUGGGGCCACUGUGGUCUGCACAUGCCCUGGUUAUGGCGCUGGCUGAGCUUGGGCUUGGUGGUGCUGGGCUCUCUACUGAGGAUUUGGAAAGAAAACUAACGUCAUGCCAUGUCAGGGAAAGCAGAUGUGACCAUUGUGAGGAUGCACGCAAAGUGCCUAGGAAUCCCCGCUCCCAAAGGAAGCUGGCCCAGGGCUGGGCCUUCAGCAACCCACGGUGGGCAGACAGACCUGCACUGACCUGAGACUGCCUGUAUAAACAGCAUCUCUCAGCAGCCCUGCUGAAACCUUCUGGGGUCACCCUGGAAAGAAUCCCUGGGAUCAUGAAAAUCCAGUUCUCCACAUACUGUGUUUGGUCAGGGCAAGUCCACGUGCGGGUUUCCUUCCUGGCGAUUCCUCAGGACAGCAUUCCAGAAGUACUUGGGCGCCGCUUGGAAGGGCGUGAGGCCGGGACAGGCUCAGCACGCACAGGACAGAUGUCUACACUUGACUGUGGGUGUCGUGCACACACGUCGAGGGAGGUCCUGCCCAGAGGGCUCCCACUGCCCAGGGCCAUCCGCCUAGCGGAAGUGCGGGAAGGCUCAGGACUCGGUCCAUCCUCACUCUCACACGUGCCCAGGUGAACGUUUACGUGCUGGGCAAGACGUUCCUCCUCCUGGCGAGAGAGCUCUGCAUCAACGCACCGGCCAUAGACCCCUGCCUGUACAUCCCACGCUUUGCCCACCUGCUGGAGUUCGGCGAAAAGAACCACGAGGUGUCCAUGACGGCCAUGAGGCUUCUGCAGAGGAUGAAGAGGGACUGGAUGCACACGGGCCGCCGGCCCUCGGGACUCUGCGGGGCAGCACUUCUGGUUGCAGCCAGGAUGCAUGAUUUCCGGAGAACUGUCAAGGAGGUCAUCAGCGUGGUCAAGGUGUGCGAGUCCACUCUGCGCAAGAGGCUCACGGAGUUCGAAGACACGCCCACCAGUCAGCUAACCGUGGACGAGUUUAUGAAGAUUGACUUGGAGGAGGAGUGCGACCCGCCGUCCUACACGGCUGGGCAGAGGAAGCUGCGGCUGAAGCAGCUUGAACAAGUCCUAUCGAAACAGCUGGAGGACGUGGAAGGUGAGAUAACCACCUACCAGGAUGCCAUUGAAAUUGAGCUAGAAAACAGCCGGCCCAAGGCCAAGGGGGCGCUCGCCAGCCUGACGAAGGAUGGCUCCAUUGAGGACAGCACGUCCAGCUUGCUUGGAGAGGAGGACACGGAGGAUGAGGAGCUGGAGGCCGCGGCCAGCCACCUGAACAGAGACUUCUACCAGGAGCUGCUGGGGGGCGGCGUCCCCGGCGGUGCGGCGGCGGCGGGGGGCCCCGCAGCAGGCGGCAGGCCCCCUGCGCUGGAGUCCCUGCUCGGGCCUCUGCCCACGGCGGCCAGCCUGGGCAUCUCGGACUCCAUCCGGGAGUGCAUCUCCUCCCCGAACCGCGAGCCCAAGGAUGCCUGCGGGGAUGGGGAGCUGGACCUGAGCGGCAUCGACGACCUCGAGAUCGACCGGUACAUCCUGAAUGAGGCAGAAGCCCGUGUGAAGGCCGAGCUCUGGAUGCGGGAGAACGCUGAGUACCUGCGGGAGCAGAAGGAGAAAGAAGCGAGAAUCGCGAAGGAGAGGGAGCUGGGCAUCUACAAGGAGCACAAGCCCAAGAAGUCCUGCAAGCGCCGGGAGCCGAUCCAGGCCAGCACGGCCGGGGAGGCCAUCGAGAAGAUGCUGGAGCAGAAGAAAAUCUCCAGCAAGAUCAACUAUAGCGUGCUGCGGGGCCUGGACAGUGGGGGCGGCCCGCCCGGGGAGGAUGGCCCCCCGUCCCGGGAGCAUGGCCCCCCGCCCGGGGAGGACACGGCCCCCCAGGGGGAGGCCGCCCGGCCCCCAGAGCGGACCAGUGCCCGGAGGCUGUCCCGGCGGAAGACGCCCUCCAGAAGAAGCCGGCCUGACCCCUCGACCAGCGUGGGCAAGAGGUUGAGGCCGAUGGUGUCGACGCAGCCUGCGAAGAAGGUGGCGCUUGGAGAGGCCUCUGUCCCGAGCCCCCGCUCCCUGGAGGCCGAGCGCGUCAGGCCCGCGGCCGUCGUGGUUGAGAGCGGGCCUGUGUCAUACCACGCGGAGGAGGACGCGGAGGAGGAGGACGCGGAGGAGGAGGACGGGGAGCCCUGCGUCAGCGCCCUGCAGAUGAUGGGCGGCAACGAUUACGGCUGUGACGGGGACGAUGACGAUGGCUACUGAGGCGACCUCACGUCCGGCACGUCCGCUGGUGGCCGCGCCACCAGCUCCUGACAGUCCCCCGGCCUCGGGUGAGCUUGUGGUGAGCAGCGAGACUCGGUGACAAGAUGGGUGCCCCGCUGCCCGGCGGCCCUCGCGCACAGCUGCCCGUGAUCUCGUGGCCUCGCUGUCGGGACCCUGAUGCGAGCAACUUGAGGAGCGUAUCUAUCUCACGGCAGAGCUGGGUCUCUUGCCCCAGGAACCCUUGCCGGUGGCUCUGCUGCGUCCUGUGGAGAGAAACUGUGGCCCAGGGAGUCCCAGCCGCGUGUCCAGGCUUGUGGAGGCCUGGUGGGUCUGGACCCUGCUCUGUCCCGGGGGCCGGGAGCCUGCCCCUCUCGCCGCCUCACUGUGUCUGAGAAGCACUUUGCGUCCAGCUGACGCCCAGCCAGGCCCUCCCCGCUG